AUGGUCCGCCCAUUUAUAUGGAGCGUCAUUCGAAAUGGAGCUCAAACGAAUGCAUGGAGUGACAACUGGUGUCACUUGAGCCCUCUUAGGGACUUUAUCACUCCGCGGCACAUAGCUAAUGCAGGUUUCAACCUUCAGUCUUCGGUGGCGGAUAUAUUAGAUGCUAACGGUCAAUGGAGAUGGCCUCAAGCUUGGUAUGAUACUUACCCAGUUUUAAUUGGCUUAACGAUUAUUCGGGAUAACUCCCAAUUACAUGACCGAUUGGUUUGGAAAGAUCUUGAGGGAAACGAACGGCAAUUUAGCUCGAUGGAAGUUUGGCAUGCUAUUCGUCUGCGUAGUAAUACAGUUAGCUGGGCAAACAUGGUCUGGUUCAGUCAAUGUAUCCCGAGGCACUCGUUUCAGCUGUGGUUAGUGAUCAAGAAUAAAUUGAAAACCCAAGACAGGUUGAAAGUCUGGGAGGCGGGUAGUGAAACAAACCUAAGAUUAAUGUGCUGCCCUUUAUGUCAGCGAGACCGCGACUCUAGAGAUCAUCUUUUUUUCGCGUGCAAUUUCUCUUCGCAGGUUUGGAUGAAUGUGAAAUCGUUGGUGGACAUGAAGCAAGUUAAUGCGUUGUGGAGUUCAGUUUUGGCAUGGAUGGAGCAAUACUCGAGCUCAACGAACUUGGAACAUAUCGUUAGCAAGCUGGUUCUAGCGGCUUCGGCUUACUUUAUUUGGCAAGAGAGGAAUAACAGAUUAUUUUCCAGGAUGCAAUGUUCAGCUACUCAAGUAUCUGAGAAGAUUAAAAGUUCCGUGCGUUUUCGGUUGAUGGGCUUCAAGUUCAAAGGUCAUUCUGACCUCAACCAUGUUCUAAGAAAGUGGAAAAUCCCGUCAAGGGCGUCGGAUGAAGACCCGGGCUGA